AUGUCUCCAGCUCCAGUAAACCCACUUGUUCAAGUUUCCAAAGUACUUCAACCAAAUGCUACCGUUCCUUUGCCCGAGAAGGUGGCUGUUCUCCAAACAUUUGCAACCACUUUGCAAGGUAAUCUUCCCAUGGAAAGAUCUGUUCAGAUCUUGUCCGCUGUCCCUUUAGGUCUCUUUUAUCAUGGAUUCUCUGUUGAAGAUGAUAAAUUAACUGCUGUUUUAUGUGAAUUGAUUCAAAAGAUUUUGUCCCCUUUUACUUUUGAGCAUGUCAUGUCUGAAGAGAAUAAGCCCUUUUUACUGCAAGGACUGACACAUUUUACACCAGAAAUUCGUUAUUUGUCUAUCCAACAAGUGUUUAAAUGUUUAUCUUCUGACGCUUCCGUAGCUAUGAUGGUGGAAUCCGAUGUAUUUCCCUUAAUUUUAGUUUCAAUUGCUUUCCAAGAUACCCGAACCGCCAACAAAGCCAGCGAAUUACUUUACAAGAUGUCAUCGAUGCCUUCUGGAUUAGAGGCAUUUUUUGGACCCACCUGCACCAUGAUGUUAAAGCAACUAUUAAGCGUAAAUGGAACUAUCAGUUUCCGAGUGUACGAUUUAAUCAUCAAAGUAGCCACCUUAUCUGACGAAACUUUUAAGAAAAGUGAAGAUUCGGGACUUCUGUUAGAGUUUACCAAGGAACUUCAAUCGAAGGAUUUGUUGGUCAAGAUUAAUGCAAUUGAAUUAUUAAACGAGAUUGCAACUACUCCAGCCGGUCUAGUCUUUUUGGAAAAAGCAGAUCUUUUGGAAUCUAUUUCGGCUGUUUUAGAUAAUCCUAAUGAUAACGAUGUGGUUGUAGCAUUAGUUAAAUGUGCUGUCAUUAAAUUCUUUGGAAAUCUCGGUGAGAAUAAGACAAUCCAAUUUGAACCAAUGUCAGUCAAGUAUCAUAUCUUGGAAAGACUUGAGAAAUGUCUCGAUAGUACAGAAACAGAGAUUUUGAUGGUUACGGUUUCUUCAGUUGGUUUGAUCGGUUCACACCUUGCUGGUCUUGAACAAAUUUCAAAUCAACAAAGUUUGUUGGAAAAGUUUUUUGAAAUUUACGAAUCUUCCGUGGGUCCAAUUAAGGGAGUUUUCCUUCAAAGUCUUUCCAAAUUGAUCUCUGUCAGAGGGGACAAUGAGCAUGUAGAGAAAUUGACAUUGGAUAUCUUUAAACGUAUCCAAGGUCGCCCUUCUACAUUAACAAGUUUAAUCAAGGAGGCUAAACAGCCUGAAGAGAGUGUUCGUGUUGCAUCUUUUGCACUUAUGCAAGCUAUUGCAUAUCAUGCCUGGGGUAGUCAGUUGAUGGCGCAAUCAAACGAAUUUAUGAACUAUAUUUUGAAUAGGUCAACAGAAUAUACAGAACAAGGACAGACAUGGAAAUAUGCCAUCAUUCAAACUUUAGCCUCCGCACCUGAUGCAUCGCAUAUAUUUAAAGAGUACUAUGCUCAACUUGUUGUAUACAUUCGUCAAGGUGCUUAUUUCAGACCUUUAGAGGCAAUUGCAGCUGUUGAAAGUAGCUAA